GCCAUGACUCGGUCCCCGCCUUGUUUUCUUUAAAUACCCACCACCACGGUGAACCGUUACAUGGGGAAUAAACGCUGAAGUGCAGACAAUAAUCGAUAUUGUGGUUUUAUUUGAACAACGUGCACUUGUGACCGUGUGUUUGACCCGGAACAUGGAGCUGGACCGGCGGCUGCUGCUGGCUCACUGCACGGCUCACGCCCUGUCCAUCGUGGCGGGCUUGCUGGUGGUCGUCCCGAUGGCUCUGAACGGAUCCGCGUUCAAAGGCCGCUGUGCACUCUUCUCCACCGGCUACUGGAGGACCGAGGACCGGGAGGAAGUGAGCGGACAGCCCGGAGACGUCUCUCACCUGGUGGUCCAGCAGUGGGGCCCGCCGGCCGCCUGCCAGUUCGCCACGUUUGUGGGUAUUUUCACGGUGCUGUACGGGGCAGCGCAGGGCUGGAGGUGCCUCUUCUAUCUGCACGGGAGACAUGACGACACGCUGUUUUCGUCCUUCCUGACGGUGCUGCUAAGUGUGUGUGUGCUCUUCCUGUCUGGAGGGGCCAGUGUUAUCUUGUCUCUGGGAUUCGUCUCGUGGUGUGACACCGUGACUGAUCACAACAUACGGCCGUACAACUGUGCAGAAUCCCAGUCUGUUCCUCUUUACCUGGAUGUGGACACCUCUUCCUUCUACUCAGAGCUCAGUCUGGCACAGGCGUCUCUCUGGUGUGUGACAGCUCUGUGGCUGGCUCAGUCCAUCGUGGCUUUCCUGCGGCUCUACCACUCUCACAGCCAGCACAUCAGCGGGCCGUGUCGUCCCCGCGAGAAGGAGCUGCUGCUGGGACACAGUCCAUCCGACAGCGGCUCCCCCACGCCUCCACAUCUUCCAGCUACACCCACCAUCUUCGUCUAACUGAGAGAGUAUGAGGUAGUGAUGUAAGAUUCAGGUGUGAACCCACUUUAAAUCACUAUUGAUCAUGUCCACUCUACACUUCUCACUACUGCAUGUAGAAUAUGGGCAUGAUAAUGUAUGCUUUUAUUUUGAUAUGAUUGAUAAUCCAUCUUAUAUAAUAAGAGCCUGACAGAUAAAUCACAUGGGCUGAUGAGUAACAAGACAUGUCGGUAUACAAAUGCCAAAGAUUUGUUUCAGGUCAUUUAGAAACAGUGUUUCUAUUGUAUAGUUUGUCCUCCAGAGAGCAUUGACAAGUUCAUCCAGUAGGCGGUCAGGCUGUAUAUGUUAUAUAAACAUAUAUAUAUGUUAUAUAAUGACAUAAUGUUUGAGCAGCAUUCCAUCACACUGCUGUCUGAGUUAGCCCUGUCUCACUCCAGCUUAGCCCCAGUUUGUGCUGCCUGUAUUUGUUACAUUUUGACUAAGCAUCUGUUUUUCUGAAUGGUACAAUGGCUGAAUUUAAACAAAUACAAACAAUAGAAAUGUGCUGCAAUUGGGGGGAAAAAAGUGCUGCAGAAAGAAAUACAUUAGCAGUAAACAUGCUGCAAAUACUGAAACGAUGCAACAACCAAAAAAACAAACCCUGAAAAAGAUUGCAACAGAAAUGUGCAUAUCCAGUGAAGCCAAAUUAAGUUUUCCAGGCCUGUAGGAGUAGUGCUGAACACUAAAUACAUCUUCUCUUUACAUUUGGCUGUAGGCUGAUAUGAAACACUUUAUCCACUUCUCUUCCUGCAUCCUGGCAACCACUAGGCCUAUUUACAGCGUGUUGCUUUUAUGUCUUUAUUUUGUCUUUCUGCAACACAUGUCCUCAUUUGCAGCACAUUUCCAUUGUUUGUUUGGGGAUUUUAGUAAUUGUUUGUGAAUUGGCACUCAUAGAAAUGUUUUGGGCUGUUGUAGUGCUCCUAGAACAAACUAAUUUCUAAAACCCUUAAAUAUUCAGUUUGCUUACUGAUAAAAAAAUGUUUUUACCCAUAUUCCCAUUUAGAAAGCUGGAAAUCAUGCUGCAUUCACGUCAUAUAAUUUAGAGUUUAAUUAUGAUCAACUGAAUGGGAAAAAUAUUUGUUGAGUUGAAGAUAUCAGGUAUCAGGUGUUAAAUAAAUACUAACACUUACUCAAUAGAUAAAGGUAAUUCAAAAGAAUCCAAACACUAUGUUUUGUAUUUAGUUCCAGCUGCCAAGGCUAUUUAUCUUGGAAUAAUGUGUAAACAUUCCUAAAUUGGAAAACAAGGAGGUUUUUCUUCCCACAAACCAUGAAUGCAGCAUCUGUAUCUCUGUGGUUGCUUUAUAUGACAGGAGAAAAAUGUCAAUGCAUAUAUGUCACUUCCAGCAAUAGAGGAUUAGGCAAUAGACUCUUUUUUUUUUAUCAUGCAGCAGAUCGAAUAUGUUUUAAUCUAUAUGGUAAAAAGUUUUAUUUUUUUCUGAAAAUGCCCUCCGAACAACACUAGGUUGCGGGGUUUUCAAAGCUUUGCAGGAACUUGUUUAUUUUUUAGCUGAUGAUGGUGAUACACGAGAGCCACUAACUGGGAAUAACCCCAACUGUCUUGGGAAGAAAGGGAUUUUACAGAAUAAAAAAUUCACACUCAUCAGAAGCAGAUGAUCAGUGAUCUAAUAACCACAGUGUUAUUAGAAACUCAUAAUUAUCCUCGUCAUUUGACCGUGACUGUGUGAAAUAAUGCAUUACAGUUUAUUCACGUCACUGAUGACGCCACAAACAACCAGAUGGUGUUCUUCUUAGUCUGUUUUGAUUCUAUUUAAUAUGCAUGGUUGUUUACAUUUCUGCUGGAGUCUGACAUUUUGCACAGUUGUGUCCUCAUCAGGGAGAAAACACUUUGUCGACUGUUCUGAGUGUAUAUUCAGAUGUAGCACUGAGGCGCUUUUAUUGUGAAGCAUGUUGGGACAGAGAGUGUGACUGAGCCACCCAGUACCAGGCUCACUGUGUGAGUAUGAUCUAAAUGUUCUGUUGUGUAACGGAAAAAUCACUGCUGACCUCCUCACUUCUUGUGACGAUUUCCAUCAUGAUGCUGUUUGUCUGGACGCAGUCGCUCUUAGGGUGAUAAUGAAGCAAUAAAAUCCUCUCAAAUGAUACUUAGAGUGUAAACCUCCAAGGAUCUGGGAUAGUUUUCAUAUUGAGAGAGAUUUGUGCGGAGCCUAGAAGGGUCGGGGAAGAGGAAAGAAGUUAUUAACUUUGAUGAGUUACCAGAACAAAUGAUGCAAAGUUAUUUCUAAACUUCUCUCCUGUUUUCAUCGACCCAAGCGAUUGUAAUGACAUACAGACAGCGGAGCAAGAAAUCUGAAGUAAAGAGAGACAGGUCACCUAAAAUGAAUUGUAUUAUAUAAAAUGUUUUGUAUUAUAACUGAUAAUGCUCUUGUUUUUUACCUGUUAAAACUGUUUGUGCUCAUUCACAUUUGUGUUUUUUGCAUUUGUCUUGUUUGUCAAAUAAACAAAUUCCCAUUAUGAACAA